AUGAUUCCAUGUGUCGUCACAGUUGCCAGAAUGCUCAAAUACACGCCGGCGUGCUUCACUUGCGCUUCCGCCACCGCGAAGCCGGUCGCUCCAACCGAAACAACCUCCUUCUAUGCGACGCACCUCGGCAACGCGUCCAUCACCUGGCAACGGCGCGCCUUCCUCGGUCUCUCUCUCCUCGCGGAUCUCCAGCUAUCAGAUUUGCCGACGGAGGAGGACGAGACUGACUCGACCAGCGACCAUCUCCACUUCCGCCUCUCCAUCCUUCUUCCUUUUAAAAGAAAGGGAUCGAAGCGAUUACGUUUGCACACCGCCGGCGGCCGUCGGUGCUCGGUGGAGCUCGUUUGGGAUCUCUCAAGGGCGAUCUUCACCCGCGAAUGCGGGCCUGAGCCAGCUGCUGGGUUCUUCUUUGCCAUCGCUGUGGACGAAAAGGUGUUAUUGGUUGCCGGAGACCGCCGCAAUGAGGCAUACAGGCGGAUAAAAGCCGUGCGGCCGAGGAGCGGCAACAUCGGAACAGAGCCGAUCUUGAAGAGGGCGGAGGUGAAAUUGGGGGAAAUAGGAAGAAAUACAUCGUGGACGGCGAUGGCACGAUUUGGGGGGCAGCAGAGGGAAGUACUGAUUUCGAUUGAUUUGGAGAAGAAGCGGAUGAGGUUGGCGAUAAACGGCGAGAUGGUUUUGCAAGUGAACCGGCUCAGGUGGAAGUUCAGGGGAAGCGAGAGAGUGGCGGCGGAGGGUGGUGAUCGGAUCCAGGUGUCAUGGGAUCUUUAUCGGUUUCUUUUCAGGCCAGGAUCCGGCGGAAAGGAGUUGUCUUCGCCGGCGCCGGCGAAGAAUGGGGAUGCGGUGAUCGUAUUACGGUUUGAGAAUAGUGAAGAGGAGAGCUUUCGGGAGAGGGGAGGGUGGGGGUACUUUGGGAAGAGUGGAAAUUGGAGUGAGGGCAGUAGUAGUCGGUCGUGGACGACGGGGACUUCGUCGCAGUCGCUGGAGGACUGGGAGAGCCUUGAAGAUGCCAGGAUGAGGAACUCAGAUGCCGACGGGUUUACUUUAGUUAUCUGUGCUAGGAAGGGUUAA